AAAAAGGAUUGUGGCCCCCAUACUCGCCAUCCAUCUGCUCCCAGUUACUGGAGGAACUCUCGACUACACCGAAUCUGUGAUUUCACCUAUUACACCAGCGUCUUCCCUGUUGGCAUUGCAACAUGCUUGUUAUUCUGGAUCCUGUAUUUGAUUGAUCCUGGAUUAGUAAUGCCAGCAUGGGCAGAACGGAUAAUCCCACGAUUUCUCAACCAUGUCACCCAUACAGCGCCAUUAUUUUUCAUCUCCGUUGAUACACUUCUGACAUGUCAUCAAGCUCCAAAGAGAAAAACUGGUCUUCUUGUAGCUGCAGCAUUGCUAGCAUUUUAUUUCUCGUUAUUAUAUUUUGUUCGAUGGUACCACGGCUAUUGGUUAUACCCGGUUUUUGAAUUUUUUACUCAAUCCUAUCAUCUAGCUUUUAUAUUGGUAGCAUCAGCACUCUUCUGCUCAAUUUAUAUCAUUGGAGAUAUUGUAAAUUCGAUGCUCUGGGGUAAGACUUAAAA